AUGCCUUCCAAGGUGCCUUCCAAGGUGCCUUCCAAACACUCUGGACAGCCCGUCUCAGAGUCCACGCCUUCCUGGCGUGAUCUCCCAGAGGCCAUCUACCCAGUGCAGUCCCAGCAACCGCCGUUAUCCACAGUCCCCGAUACACCCCACCUGCUACAAGUCAAUUCCAACUCGCUCGAUCCAUCCUCUACAUUCUCUGCCUCCACCGUUUCCAAGAAGGUCAUCACGACACGACAAUUCAUAUUCAUGGCCCUCAGCUCCUCCAUCGGGGCCGGACUCCUCCUGUCCACCGGCCAAGCCCUCGCCGUCGGCGGUCCUGCGCCGCUCUUCAUAGGUUUCGCCUUCGUCGGGCUCGCCAUCUGGAUCACCAUUGCAGCCUGGGCGAGCUGUCGACCAACUUCCCCGUCAAGGGGUCCUUCUGAACACGACAAGUAA